AUGCAAUUGACCGAGUUCGCCGUCGAUUUCGCCCACGACACCGUGUACUUGGCACAGCACUUCCGCGAGUUCAUCAGUGUCAACGACUCGCUCAAGUAUGCCGUGUUCCUUAUCACGUUCAACCCGGUGUACUGGAACAUUGUUGCUCGUCUCGAAUACAAGACCCACUUCCUCACCAAGAUUUUCGGCGGGCUGGCCAAGCUUGGGUGCUACUUUUUAGCGUUCACCAUCUUCACCCUUGGUCUUUACCGUGACCACGUGUACAAUGCCGCCCUUGCUGAACAGCCCACUUACUGGCCCUACCUCGAAAACCCCGUGGUGACGGCGUUGGCAUUGGCGUUAUUUGGCUGGGGCUCGGUAUUGGUGGUGACGCUGAUGUGGGCAUUGGGCGUCACUGGUACCUACUUGGGCGACUACUUCGGCAUUUUGAUGAGCGAACGGGUCACUGGCUUCCCCUUUAACGUUAACGACAACCCCAUGUACAAUGGGUCCACUUUGUGCUUUUUGGGCACGGCGUUGUGGUACGCGAAGCCCGCUGGUAUUGCCGUGGCUGCCUAUGUGUUCAUCAUGUACCGGGUGGCUCUUUGGUUCGAAGAACCGUUCACCGCCAUGAUCUACCGCAACAAGGCGGCUCAAGACGCCAAGAAGGCGUCGUAA